GCCUGCUUUGCUCACAAAUCAAAAACCAAAACUUGCUAAUCCUUGUUAUUACACACUAUCCUUGCUCUGUGUUGAACAUGGCUACAAGCCCCUUUCGAUAUUUUAUUUCCCUUUUUCUGCUUUUGCUCUGUUUCGAAGCCUGUUUGAGGGUGGGUGAUGCUACAGUUGGGUGCAGAGAGAGGGAGAGGCAAGCUCUCCUUCACUUCAAACAAGGUGUUGUCGAUGACGAUGGAGUGCUUUCUUCAUGGGGGAAUGGGGAAGACAAAAGAGAUUGUUGCAAAUGGGCAGGAGUGGAGUGUAACAACCAGACGGGUCAUGUGAUCAGGCUUGAUCUUCAUGACCAAUCUUUGGGAGGUAAGAUAUCUCAGCUUGGUCCUUCAUUGGCAGAGUUGCAGCACUUGAAGCAUUUGAACCUCAGCUAUAAUGAUUUUAAAGGAAUUCUUCCCACUCAACUUGGAAAUCUUUCCAAUUUGCAAUCCCUUGAUCUCGGCAGUAAUUAUGGGCAUAUGAGCUGUGAGAACCUUGACUGGCUUUCUCACCUUCCUUCGUUAACACACCUUGACUUGAGUGGGGUUUAUCUUAGUAAAGCAAUCCACUGGCCACAAGCAAUUAAUAAAAUGCCUUCCCUAACUGAGUUAUACUUGAGUGAUACUCAGCUUCCUCCGAUUAUUCCAACAAUAUCCAUUUCCCAUAUUAAUUCUUCUACUUCUCUUGCUGUGCUUCAUCUCUCCUUGAAUGGUCUCACUUCUUCAAUAUACCCAUGGUUGUUCAACUUCAGUAGCAGCCUUGUUCAUCUUGACCUCUCUAUGACUGAUCUAAAUGAAUUAAUUCCGGAUGCUUUUGGAAACAUGACUACUCUGGCAUAUCUUGAUCUCUCUUGGAACGAGCUAUGUGGUUCAAUUCCGGAUGCUUUUGGAAACAUGACUACUCUGGCAUAUCUUGAUCUCUCUUUGAACGAGCUACGUGGUUCAAUUCCGGAUGCUUUUGGAGACAUGACUACUCUGGCACACCUUGACCUUCAUUCUAAUCAUCUAAAUGGAUCAAUUCCGGAUGCUUUUGGAAACAUGACUAGUCUGGCAUAUCUUGAUCUCUCUUCGAAUCAACUUGAAGGUGAGAUUCCGAAAUCCUUGACAGAUUUAUGUAAUUUACAGGAAUUAUCUCGGAACAAUCUCACUGGACUGAAGGAAAAAGAUUAUCUGGCCUGCCCUAAUCACACAUUAGAGGUUUUAGAUUUAUCUUAUAAUCAAUUGAAAGGGUCAUUUCCCGAUCUUUCUGGAUUUUCACAGUUGAGAGAAUUAGAUCUUGAAUUCAAUCAACUAAAUGGAACUUUACCUGAAAGUAUUGGACAACUAGCUCAACUUCAAGUGUUGUCCAUUCGUUCAAAUUCAUUGCGAGGCACUGUCUCGGCAAACCACCUUUUUGGUCUCUCCAACCUGUCUUACUUAGACUUAUCUUUCAACUCCCUUACAUUCAACAUAAGCCUUGAGCAAGUUCCCCAAUUUCGAGCCUCAGGUAUAAUGUUGGCCUCUUGCAAAUUAGGCCCACGUUUUCCUAAUUGGCUUCAAACUCAAGAAUUUUUUAGCGAACUUGAUAUCUCUGCUUCUGGAAUUUCAGAUGUCAUUCCCAAUUGGUUUUGGAAUUUAACUUCAGAUUUAAAAUCGUUAAACAUUUCCAACAAUCACAUCUCAGGGACAUUGCCCAAUUUAACUUCAUAUCCAUCUUAUUUGGGAAUGGAUAUGAGUUCAAAUUGCUUGGAAGGUUCAAUACCACAAUCUGUUUUCAAUGCUAGAUGGUUGGAUCUCUCCAAGAACUUGUUUUCAGGCAUUUCUUUAUCGUGUGGGACUCCUAAUCAGCCUGGUUGGGGUUUGGCUCAUCUUGACCUCUCAAAUAAUCGACUGUCAGGAGAACUACCCAAUUGUUGGGAGCAGUGGAAAGAAUUAAUUGUUCUUAAUUUGGCAAAUAAUAAUUUUUCUGGGAAAAUUAAAGAUUCAAUUGGCUUGUUACAUGGGAUGCAAACAUUGCAUUUACGUAACAAUAGUUUUACUGGAGCACUGCCUUCAUCCUUAAAGAACUGCAGAGCUUUGCGUCUUAUAGAUUUGGGAAAAAAUAAAUUGUCAGGAAAAAUAACAGCAUGGAUGGGAGGAAGUCUGUCAGAUUUGGUCGUUCUCAACCUCAGAUCUAAUGAAUUUAAUGGAAGCAUACCUUCAAGUCUUUGUCAACUGAAACAGAUUCAAAUGUUGGACCUCUCUAGCAACAAUCUAUCAGGAAAGAUACCAAAAUGUCUCAAAAAUUUAACUGCCAUGGCUCAACAAGGAAGUCCGGUCCUUUCUUAUGUAGCAUUUUACGGUUUGGAUAUCCCACAUUACUAUGUUGAUAGUACAUUGGUUCAAUGGAAAGGAAAAGAACAAGAGUACAAGAACACUCUUGAACUCAUCAAGAGCAUUGAUUUUUCAAGCAAUAAAUUAAUUGGUGAAAUUCCUAUAGAAGUAACUGAUUUGGUAGAAUUGGUGUCAUUGAAUUUAUCAAGAAACAAUUUGAUUGGAUCAAUCCCUACAACAAUUGGUCAAUUGAAAUUAUUGGAUUUUCUUGAUCUAUCUCAAAACCAACUUAAUGGUAGAAUUCCGGAUACUCUUUCUCAAAUAGCCGAUCUAAGUGUUUUAGACCUAUCAAAUAACACCUUGUCAGGUAAAAUUCCAUUAGGCACUCAAUUACAAAGCUUUGAUGCCUCCACAUAUGAGGGAAAUCCUGGACUUUGUGGACCACCUCUUUUGAAAAGGUGUCCUGAAGAUGAACUUGGGGGAGUCUCCUUCACUAGUGGUCUUAGUAGUAAAAAAGAGGACAUUCAAGAUGAUGCAAAUAAUAUAUGGUUUUAUGGAAAUAUUGUUCUUGGAUUCAUCAUCGGAUUUUGGGGAGUUUGCGGCACUUUACUAUUCAAUAGUUCAUGGAGAUAUGCCUAUUUCCAGUUCUUGAGCAAGAUAAAGGAUUGGUUGUACGUGACAACAAUAGUAAAUAUGAAUAGAAUACGAAGGAGCCUGCAAGGUUAAAUGGUAAGACUUCUCAAAUUCUCUUUUUAGUUUUUCGGGUAAAAUGUGUUAACUUCUAUUUAUUAUCCAACAAUUAAGAAUAAAAAGUACACUUUAUGCUA